AUGGAUAGGUCUGGGAAGUCAAAGGGAUUUCACAAUCACAAAUUGGAGGUUUAUUCUGAAGGAAGCAAGCAAAGGAAUGCUCUUUCAAAGGAGGAAAAAAAUGAAAUUAAGGAGUUGGAGGCAACACAUACUCAGGCGAGAGAUAUAAGAAGUUUUAUAAAUAGGAAGUAUGAUGCUCAUCACAACAUGGAUCAGGUUUAUAACGAGACAGCAAAGAUUAGGCGCGAGCGAUUCGGUGGCCUUUCCCCUAUGCGGUGGACAUUGAUAGAAGCUGACCGUCUUGGCUACUUCAUUGGGGUUGAUUUUGAUGAUGAUCGUUGUGUUACUAGACUCUUCCUUUGCCAUCCAGAAUCUAUUAAGAUGUUGAGCGCAUGGUAUUUCGUUAUUUUGAUAGACUCGACGUACAAGACCAACAAAUAUAAACAACCAUUGGUUCAGUUGAUUGGUGUUAGUCCGGUGAAGAAGAACUUCAACAUAGGGUUCGCAUGGGUUUCAGAUGAGACAAAGGAGACAUAUGCUUGGGUUUUGUCGCAACUGAAGAAUGUUCUUGGUGGUCGAAGACCAGAUGCGUUCGUCACCGAUAAGGAGGGAGGGUUGGGUGUCUCCGUGCGUGAGAUCUUUCCAUCUUCAGCUCAUUUACUAUGUGUGUGGCACAUGAAGAAAAACAUUGAAGCUAAGAUGAUGUCUCUCGGGUCAAGUCGAGAAUCUGCAGAGGCGUUUGUAGCAGGGCAUUGGCAGACACUUAUGAAUGCCAACACGCAGAGAGGGUUCCAGCAGCGGUGGGUAGACUUGCAGAAUAGUGAGUGGGGUAGAAACCUACGCUUCAUGAACUACUUGAAGGGUGAGUGGAUACCAUGUGCGCAAAGGUGGGCUCAUUGCUACACCAAUCGUGUUUUCCAUAUUGGUAACACGAGCACAAACAGGGUAGAGUCAGCUCAUUCGUCCUUGAAGAAAUGGCUUGCCAGUUCGACCCACAAGAUCGACACACUCUUUCUCAGAUAUCACACAUCCAUUGAGGGAAAAGUGACUGAACUAAGAAAGGACUUAGAGGAUUCGCGUUUGAAGGUAUUUUCAAUUUUUCUUCAAUGGUGUUGA